AUGGCUGACAACGUUAUGGCCGCCUACUGGGAUCUCCCACCCGUGUCUCGGAACAUCACUACUGCUGUCGUGUUGACUUCAAUUGGCUGUAUCGUUGGUCUAUUACCAACGGGGCAACUGAUUCAUCACCCAUCUUAUCUUUGGAUGUUCCCUCCUCAGAUCUGGCGCCUUGUAACGUCGUUCUUCAUCGAACUUCAUCCACUCAACUUGCUCUUCAACGCGUUCUUCCUGUACCGCUACUGCACUCAGUUGGAGCUGGGAAACCCCCGUUUCCCUCGCAAGGUCGAUCUCAUCUACUAUAUCCUCUUCGUCUCUUCCGUAAUUCUGAUGAUCGACUACCUUGCCGGCCUGACCAGCUUCAUGUAUAUGAACGGCCUCAUUCUCGCCAUGGUGUACACCAUAAGCCAGGACCAGCGUGGCCAGAAGACACAGUACCUCGUCCUCACCAUCCCGGCUCAGGCUCUGCCAAUCUGCAUGAUCGUCGUUGCUGCCCUCAUGGCAGGUCCUUCCAAGGCCCUAGUCGAAGUCGAGGGUCUACUCGCUGCCCAUCUGUUCGAUUUCCUCACCAGGAUCUGGCCCGAAUUCGGCAACGGACCUCGCCUUUUGAAGAUUCCUGCCUGGCUCGAGCGCCUCGCGCAGACCCCCAGAGUUCUUCCAAGAGCUUUCGGCACCGCUAUUCGACCUGCUAACACUGCUUCCACUGGCAGUAGCACUGGCGUCAACAAAGGCCCGUUGCCAGACUCGUGGCGAACUCGUGGCCCGGGCAAGCGACUGGGUUAA